AUGACCCGAUUCGGUGUAUACGAAGCUCUCAAAGCGCGUGUGACUACAACGGAAAAGAAGCCCUCGUUCCUCACACUUGUCGGUAUGGCAUCGAUAUCAGGUCUUCUCGGUGGCAUUGCUGGCAACCCUGGAGACAUCCUGAACGUACGAAUGCAAAACGAUGCUGCUCUACCACGGGAACAACGGCGAAACUACAAGAACGCAGUAGACGGUGUGUUGCGCAUGGCGCGCGAAGAAGGCGUGGGCAGUUUGUGGAAAGGCGUAUGGCCCAACUCGUCAAGAGCCGUGUUAAUGACCGUCGGACAAUUGGCAACAUAUGAUGGAUUCAAACGGACGUUGUUGGAAUACACACCACUGAAAGAUGGCCUAUCGACACACUUCACUGCCUCCUUCUUGGCCGGCUUCGUUGCAACAACAAUCUGCUCGCCAGUGGAUGUUAUCAAGACACGCGUAAUGAGUUCGAAUGCACACCAGAGCAUUGUCAGUCUGGUCACAGAAAUUACUAAGCAAGAAGGCAUUCGCUGGAUGUUCAAGGGCUGGGUGCCGAGCUUUAUCCGCGUGGGCCCACACACGAUCCUUACAUUCCUCUUCCUCGAGCAACACAAAAAGAUGUAUAGAGAACUCAAGGACUUAUAG